AUGUGUCCAGAUUUUGGUGUGAGUGCUUUUCUGGCCACUGGUGGAGAUGUCACUAGACACAAAGUGAGGAAAACGUUCGUGGGGACCCCGUGCUGGAUGGCUCCAGAGGUGAUGGAGCAGGUGCGGGGUUACGACUUCAAAGCUGACAUUUGGAGUUUCGGAAUCACUGCCAUUGAACUGGCGACAGGCUCUGCGCCGUAUCAUCGCUACCCCCCUAUGAAGGUUUUAAUGCUCACGCUGCAGAACGAUCCUCCAACCUUGGAGACUGGGGUUGACGACAAAGAGAUGCUUAAGAAGUAUGGGAAAUCUUUUAGAAAACUUAUAUCCUUGUGCCUUCAGAAGGACCCUGCCAAGAGGCCCACUGCAGCCGAGCUUUUGAAAUGUAAAUUUUUCCAAAAGGCUAAGAAUCGAGAGUACUUGAAUGAAAAGCUGCUUAGUAAAGGACCAAAUAUAAGCCAAAGAGCCAAAAAGGUCAGAAGGGUUCCAGGGUCGAGUGGUCAUCUGCACAAGACCGAGGAUGGAGACUGGGAGUGGAGUGAUGAUGAAAUGGACGCGAUAAGUGAGGAGGGGAAGGCUGCUGUCAAUCACGGAAGGUCACGCAGGGUCAAAGACGAAAACCAGCAUGGUGAAGUGAACGCUAACAGUCUCCCGCUAGAGGACCUGUCCAUUCAGCAUCCCCAGGUUCAACCGUUGGAGAAACCCUCGAGAGUUCAGGGAGCGGUGAACAUGGUCCUGAGGUUAAGGAACUCAAGGAAGGAGCUGAAUGACAUACGGUUUGAAUUCACUCCAGGGCAAGACACUGCUGAUGGAGUUUCUCAGGAGCUCUUCUCUGCUGGUUUGGUCAAUGGUCAUGAUGUGGUUGUGGUGGCUGCUAACCUACAGAAGAUUGUAGAAGACCCAAUUACCUAUAAAGUAUUGACCUUUAAGUUGGCGUCUGGUUGUGACAGCACAGAGAUCCCAGAUGAGGUGAAGUUGAUUGGCUUCGCCCAGCUGAGCGUCACCUGAUAGCAUCUCAUUACCACAGCAGAGGGAGAGCAUUCAAAACUCCCACCUCCUGCUGCCAUUCAGGUUUUCCUUUUCCUCCCGAAUCACCUGCCCUCUUCCGUGAAUGUUUGCACCUGUUCAAUCAAACGCAGCGCUCUUAUUCAAGCACACACUCGCCCUCGUUCCCAGAUGCUGUUUACCUUUCACCAAAACAUUCCAGCAGCCCUUUCCCAGAAUUCAAAGCAGGAGCCCAUCAUCUCAGGAGGCAAUAGCUAGUGAAACAAAAAGUUUUUAUUUUAUUUUAAUUAUUAUUAUAAUUAUGAUUGUUAUUGUGUUAGCUCUUACCGUAUUGUUAUUAUUGAAAAAAAUGCCUUUUAUUUCUCACAAGAGUAGCGCAAAUCGUACACCACACAACUGAAGUGGAGACGUCUCCCUCUGAAUGUAAAAAGCACAUUUUCAUUCUGAAUGUUAAUGCAUUCGAACUGUAUUGUACAUAGACCUUCUGAUGUCUAAAAUAAGGGAAUAUUUUGUUGUUUUAGUUCCAGCUCAAAGAGUACGAGAGCAGAGAGCCGAAUGCUGCUGUGUGUAAACGUACUGCUUUCUUUUUUCGGGACAGUGUUGAUGCUUCGACGCUAGAGGUGCCUUGUUUUUUUUAAUCCGUGCCUAAGAAGCGUAGGUUACAGGCUUGAAGCCGUUUGGCUGACGCUGAGCGGGAAGAACGCUGCUCGUCGGCAGAUUCGCUCAUAGUAUUCUCAGCGGCCGGUGGCUCGCGUUGAAGUUACCAGCUGAUGCACUUUGAUUUCAUGCGGUGCGAUGUACGUGCACCUGCGACGCUUACACCCUAACUAUCCAUGUUUAACCCGUUGAAGCUGACAAACAAGGUCAUCGCUACCACAACACACACCUUAAUCCUGAUGUAUCGUGUUCACAAGACGAGCGAUGGUCACACAGCAUUUUCACAGCACUCGAAUGUGUCUGUUUUUGAGCCCAGAAUGCAUCUGUCUAUCAGUGAACGUGAAGUAUUUCGUAAAGGAAUCCAAAUGUCUACUACUGAAUGACAGAAAAGCCAUCUGUGUGUCCAAAACCAGUAUAGUAGCUUGAAUUAAAUGAUUCUGUUCUCAGCCCAAAUGUAAAUAAAUACUAAAUACUUUAUUAUUAUUAAGUUGAAUUGUGUUUUCUAUAUACCAUGCGCGCUUACUAUUCAGCCCUUCUGUAAUCAGCAAAGAUAUAAACUUUCUGCGAAGGUACAACAAAUAAAACUGAAUUGC